AUGGCUGCCCAGUCGAGCUUGUACAACGAGGACAGAAACUUACUCCGUAUUCGAGAGAGAGAGAGGCGGAAUCAGGAGGCUCUUCAGGAGAAAGACAAGUUCCCUGAGAAGACUCCCCUCUUUGCAGAACCCUACAAGACUAAUAAAGAAGAUGAGUUGUCAAGCCGCAUUCAGAACAUGCUGGGCAAUUAUGAGGAGGUCAAGGAGCUCAUCAGCAACAAAUCACAUCAGAAUCUCAUAGGAAUUCCAAAAAGUGUUGCUCCUCUGAUCCCACAAGGAAAGCCUAAUCGCCCAUACUUCCCUGAAAAGACCAGCCAUACAUUACCAUCUUCAUUCCACCGCACAAACCACCAUCCACCCUUGGGACCUAUGGUUGUAGCUCCUCCUCCUCCAAACCACUCCAUUCACUACCAAAAGGCCCAAUCAAGAACAGAACCAGCUUCAAGUUUGCACGCCAAGAGUCACAGCUUAUCCAGUGGUCGGAGCCAAGGUCAAGAACACAAUCGUGGUGGCCAGGAAAGUCACACAGGUUUUCACCAGAGGAGAAAUGACAGGUGUGCAGUUGGUGAAGGUCGUCCUAAUGAACUGCAGGCCUCCCUUUUGGCGCUUUCUCCAUUGCUGUCAUCUUUGUCUUCUCCAGUGGCACCCCUGUCACCUCUACAUUCCAGCCAGCAUAUCAAUUCCAGGUCACAGAACAGCAGCAAAAGUCAUGGGCCGACCUACAGUCAAACAAAAUCAUCUCAGGACCUAGUGACAGGAUCACAGGAGAAGGAAAGUCGGGACAACUCAGCUGUUAACCUGACCAGCACCACUCAGCCUCCCUCUCAGACUUUUCCCCCACCUUUGCCAUCAAAGACCAGUGCAAUGCAGCAGAAACCAACUGCCUAUGUCAGACCAAUGGAUGGCCAAGAUCAGGCACCAGUUGAAUCACCAGAGCUCAAGCCUCUGGAGGAAUACCACGGAGAACCCUAUGAAAAAAUCUCAGAUUUGAAAGCGAACACCAAAGCCAAACUAUCCAAAUUGGAAAUCCCAUCUGAGCCCAUAGAGCAAACCUUCCCCAGUGAUGUCCACUCCAUUGAAGAAAUUUUGAAGGAAAUGACUCACUCAUGGCCACCUCCCCUGACAGCUAUUCAUACACCUAGUACAGCAGAGCCUUCCAAAUUUCCGUUCCCAACAAAGGAAUCACAGCAUGUUGGAUCUGUAGCACAGAAUCAGAAACAGUAUGACGCACCUUCAAAAACAUUGCCUAGUUCUCACCCAAGAAUUUCAACGCUCCAGGACGACCUGCAGCUCAGUGAUAGUGAAGAGAGUGGUGACGACCAAGUUGUUGAAAAGCCACCUUCUUCACUUGCUCCUCCAAGUGCCCUACAGUCCCAGCCCAAGAGUGUGGCAUCAGCACAUUCCAGCAGCCCAGAGUCAGGGAGCACCAGUGACUCAGACAGCUCUUCAGACUCGGAGACGGAGAGCAACUCGAGUGACAGUGAAGCAAACAACCCUCCGAGAGCGUCAGCGCCUGAGCCCGACCCACCAACUUCUAAUAAGUGGCAGCUCGACAACUGGCUAACCAAGGUGAAUCCACCAGCAGUGCCACCAGAGAGUCUCAGUGAGACUCUCUCAUCCCAUGAGGAUGGACGUGAGGAGGGCAAGGAGCAGGGACAGGGCGUCAGCAGCAAUUCCUCCCACCAGCAGACUGAGCCAAGGGAGUCUCAUCACAAGAGUUCAGGCCCAGCAGCUGGGGCUUCUCAGGACACUUAUGCUCUGACCAAACACAACUGCCACAAGUCUCCUGUGUGCACUGAGGAGCCCUUGCCCAGGCAAACUGUGGGCAUCAAAAGGCCUGGCAAGGCCCUGGUGCAUGAGGGGCCCAAGGGAGACCUGAAGGUGGAGAGUGACCCUGGUCCUUUUGAGGUCAGAGACCAGUCUUCCAGAGACAAGCCGAAAGUAAAAACGAAAGGGAAGACAAAAUCCAGUGACAGAAAAGACCUGAAGCCAGCACUGCAAGAGCCCCCUGAGAACAGAAAGCACAAGAGCUCCCACCAGACCAACGCCAAACCCUUCUUGGACCCCAAGGUCAUCAGAGAUGUUUUGCUUGGCAGUGUGCAGGAGCAUCUUGCUCUCAGUCCCCUUCCUCAAGGCCAGGGCACAACCCCCACCAGGACUAAUGGCCACAGGCCUGCCAUCGUGGCCAGAGAGGAUUUUCACAAGGAGAAACUGCCCUUACCUAUCAGGGAGAAGAAGCUGCUCUCGCCAGUGAGGGACUCCCUCGCCCCUCAGUCCCUCAUGGUGAAAAUAGAUCUCCCUCUCCUGUCAAGAGUCCCCCAGCCCCCUGGGAAAGGCAGUCACCAGAAGAGAGCAGAGACCAAGGAACUCCCCAGUGCAAGGAAGCAGGACUUGGAGCGGAAAACCACGGAUACUCCUGACAAGUCCCUUCAAAAGAGGAAGAGGGAAGUGGAGAAGGAGGUUGAUAGGAAGAAAAUGAAAUCAGGAAAAGAAACAAAAUCAUUGCAGUCUUCGGCUAACAAAGACUCCAAUAAAUUAAAAGCAUCAAAAGCUUCAUUUGAAACCCAUAAGAAAGAUCUCCUGCUACCCCCGCCACUGCCACCCGUGUCUCCUGCACAUCCUGCACCAAACUCAACCAAGAUGGCCCAAAAGAGACCCAGAAGUGAAAGUGGUGAGCUGCCUGCCAUGGAUAACACUGCCAGGAGCAAGAGCAACCGCAAGGAUCCUUUGUUCUCCAAGCACAAGAAAGUGGAGAGAAAUCACUCUGAACUGUCGAAGGGCAUCAAAGGAUCUGCAGGGGAUGUCACAGAUCCUUUCCCAGUGCCUUCUUUGCCAAAUGGUACCUCCAAGCCAAGGAGACCUCAACUGAAGUUUGAAAAACAGCAUCCGGUGGAAUACUACAUAGAAGAGGCCAAGAGGCUGAAGCACAAAGCUGAUGCAAUGACCGACAAGACUGGAAAGGCCUUUCAGUACCUAGAUGCUGCCCUUUCCUUCGUUGAAUAUGGGCUUGCCUUGGAAUCAGAUGCACAAGCACCAAAAUCAGCUUACAGCAUAUUCAGCGACACCAUAGAUCUCAUCAAAUUCAUCAUGACAUUGAAAUCCUUUACGGACUCCUCAGCAUCUUCACAUGAAAAAGCCUUUGCUGUGUUAUGCAUGCGCUCCCAGUCCAUUCUGCACAUGGCAAUGUUUCGUUACAAAAAAGACACUGCAGUAAAGUAUUCCAGGGUCCUGAAUGACCACUUCAAGAGUUCUUCCAGAGUAACACAAGCACCUUCUCCAUGUGUUGCAAGAAGCACAGGCAUGCCUUCUCCUCUUUCUCCAGUGCCCUCUCCUGCCGGUUCUGUGAGUUCUCAGCCGGGAUCAAAUGCUAGCAACUGCAGUGGCAACAUCAUUGGGUCUUCAAUCACUGUCCCCUAUAAUAUCCCAAGUAUCACCUCUUCCUAUGUCAAUAUCACUUCCUAUGUCCUCUAUGCGCAUGAUAUUUGGGAACAGGCUGAGGCACUGGCCAGGAAGAAUAAGGAUUUUUUUGCUGAACUCAGCACAGCGACGUGCGCUCUGGCACUGAAUAGUAGCAUGACCGAACUGGUACACUACACUAGACAGGGUUUACAGUGGCUGAGACUGGAAACAAAUACGCCUUAA